GACUUUCAAACGGAACGAACACGCACCUACCACAGCUCUGCGGAAGUGACUCUUAGCAAGCAAUUUGGUUCCCGUUUUUCACAACCUAUUGCAAUACCGCGCCAAAAACGUGCAACGUGUCCGUGGUUGAAAAGUGGAAGCUGAAUCCUUUUCGAAAAUAGAACCCGAACCCAACAUCAGGAUUAUCGCGAGUUCGAGUAUGCUUUAUAGUGGCCGGUUGGCUAAACGCAAUCCUUGCUCAGUUCCGUUCGCUAUCGCACUGCUAGCGCUGUGCCUGUGCCUCUCGCCGGUCCAAUGUUUGCCGAAAGUGUUCCGGAGCAAUGAGAUCUGCGGCGUGUACAAUGGCCACCGGGUGUACUUCGAGCUGGGCGAUCGUGGCCAGCUGCAGGCGACCAAUGUGUCCGUGCCUUACAUCCCUCGGGCCGCACUCGUCAACCAAACGUUCGUCCCCAACGUCUGUACGCUCGAGCUGGUAACCUGUCCGUCGUGCAAUUUUAAAAUCUCAUUAAGCUACUCGAACUUCCCAGCCAAAUGUUCGGUGCAUAAUGAGCCACCGUGUCGGUGCGAUUAUCUCGAGUUCACCGAGCCACCGUUCGAUUCGACGGAAUACACCGGUCGGCGAAACUGUGGCCACGACGUGGUCUACCAAACGCAGACCCGCUCCGUGCUGAUCAAGUUCGUCUACUGGAGCAACCACAGCCAUGCCUUCACGCUGGAAUACGUUGCGGAACGAAAUCGGGAAACGAUACAAGCGAAUCCUGGACCGGCCCAAAACAUCACCAGCAUUAACAACUAUCUGCAUCAUCGGAUCAUCACCACACCGUACUUCCCGUCGUACUAUCCGCGCGACUUCGGCAAAGAGUACGUGCUCAGCUGCAAUGUCGAAGCGUGCCGGAUCAAUGUGAUCUUCAGCGACUUUCAGCUAGCCAAAACGUCCACGAUGGAGUUUUACGACUGGAAUGGGCAGCGGUUGGGUGCGGUAUCGGGAUCAAUCUUUCGUCCGCCCGUCUUCCAGAGCACCGGCCCGUCCAUGAUCAUACGGUUCUAUGCGAACGGUGGCUCUGCGCUGGGAUACAGGGCGCUGGUGUCCUUUCUGCACGCUACCAGCGCCUCAGAUGUGGCCCUACACCCGAACACGAACUGCGGCGGAGUGGUGGAAAACAUUGGCGGCGCUAUUACGAUGAUGAAGAUGCUGAACAAUGCUAAUGAGAGCCGGAUCUAUGAUUGUGUUUGGUUGAUCAAGCCACCGAACACGUACGCCCACCUGAAGACGCAUCUUUCGCUGAAGGUGGACACGUUCGAGAAGCUCGGUCCACAUUCGAUGCUGACCAUCAUACAGGGUACAACGUCGGACGGGACGGUGCUCAGUGUGACGAAGGCGGACAGCGCACUGGUGCGGAAGGAUCUCGUCGUGCCGCUCACGUCCGGGUUCUAUGUGCAUCUUAGAGCCUCCUUUGGACAUUUGUCCCGAUUGGCAUUGGUCUAUUCGGGGUUCAGCUAUUUGGAUUGCUACAUGGGAACCGAAUUUCUGUGCCAGAACCGAAAGUGCAUCCCGAUACAGCUGCACUGCGACGGGUUCGACCACUGCGGCGACAACAGUGACGAGCCGGAGAGCUGCGUCCAGGAGUGGUCCAGUGGUCCGAUGGAUCGUCGCUGGUACGCCCACACGCCCAACUACUACUUCCCGAAGAUGGAUCGCUAUCCGGAUCUGCGUACCGCCACGAUCAUCUUCAUCGCGAGCAGUCUCGGGCUGAUCAUGCUCAUCUCGGCCCUCAUCGUGCUGCUGUAUCGUACGGGCAAUCGGGCCCGCCAGCAGCGGGAACUCCAGAGCCAGCUGCAAACGAUCAGCGAGCUGUUAGUGAGCGUUAUUCAUGUAGACAGCAACAACACGCACGGCGCGGAAGAGCUGGACGACCCGCCGGUCUACGAAGCGCCGCCCGACUACGACGAGAUCAUCAAGGUCGGCAUGGACGAGGAGAUGAAGCGGAAGCGCCGGCGACGUUCCUCAUCGUCCGCCUCGGGGCGUCGCAGCCGGAUGCGACGAUCGCGCCGCCAGAGCAACACGUCCGAGGUACACAAUCCCAUCCUGGAGGUACAGCUGCCCCCGGAAUCGGACAGUCUACCUUCCUCGAGUGGCUAUUCCAUGGGCAUGGUCGUUGCUGGCGGACGAGAUCAAGGACCGACAUCACCACAGCCGGACAAUGACGCUUACGAUCGCUACUCCGAUGCGGACCUGGAUGGAGAGGAUUACGAUCUGCGGCUAGCGAACUGGAGCACCCUGGACGAGGGCGGUGACUUCUUGAUCAGCUCGCGCAUACUGGAAACUCCAGCGUCGACUGUGGGCCCGAUCCAGAGCGUUGUCAGCCAAUCCACGUCCAGCCCGCCACCAACGUACGACCAGAGCAAUGCCCGGUUUUUCGCGCUCCAUAGUGGGGCCGCGCCAGCGGCCAGCAGCUGCGCUACGAACGGCGGCAGCGUAUCGGGCAGCCAUCCGGAAGACGCUGUUCCGGUCGCGAUCGGAAUAAACUAUUUGUCUGCUAAUACGGGCUCCUCCAGUGCAGACUCAUUGACCCAUUCGCUUCCUUCCAGUACCAGCUCCACUGUCCCGAUGGCAAUGCCCUUUACACUCAAUUGUGAUCAAGCAAAUAAUGAUCGAAGUAGUAUCAGUGUUACUACUACCACUGCUACUGCUACUACUACUACUACGUCUGCUAGUAAUAGUAUGUCACCGAGCAGUAAUAUCGAGCCUUGUAAUCGUCCCAUCCUACCAACUCCCAUCUGGAAUGGUUCCGCGCAACCCGAUCGUCCCUGGCAAAUGUUUGGGGGCAGUUUAGACGAGCCUAGGUUGGUACAGGCCAAUCCUGCGCCCUCCGCAUCUGCAGUGCAGAACAGUUUCAACUCACUGGACUUCAAUCAGAUGCAGGAAAUCGACGCGUACCUGUUUGGGUACGGAAAUGACGCCUCCAGCGGCCAUGGAAUAUCCACCGGAAGCAGUCAGGAAACGAUCGACUCCAACAGAACCACCCAAUCACAGCUGACCACAUCUGCUUCCUUCGUGCAAAGCUCCUGUCUUUGCGAUUCCAGCAGUCCUCCGUCGAGUCAACCACCAAGUAUUACCACCAAUCACUCUGCUCCCAUCUCGUCCAGCUACGACAUGAUCCGCCACUACUGUCCAGUCUGUCGCGAUCAGCAUCAGCAGCACACAGCGGAUGGCGUUCAACUCUCCACUGCUGGAGGUCCUCCUGCUCCACCACCGAGCUCCGUGUACUGCGCAAACUGUAACGGGCGUAUCGUCACCGUCGACUACCUGCAGACGCUAUCGACCAAUCACCACGGUACGGAGGCUCUUGAUCCAGCGGGCGCAUCAGCCACCAAUUUCGGCAAGUUGUGCAGCUGUGUCGCGAAAUUCCCCUCGCAGGGUAACAUCACGCGCACUACGUCCUCGGUGGGGAUGCUGCUGACGACGCGCACCUUCUCGGUGGACCAGCUGGACGAUGGGGCGUUUGCCGGCGGAAGCUUCGGCAAUGAUCGACGCAGUGCGCGCAGCUCGUGCAGUGCCGUGUCCCGGUUCGAUGCGUACUUCAACGCAAACUUCGGAACGACCAACAACGAUCGGCGGCAUGAGGUUUAGGGGGCGCUCCGGUCUCAUUCCUUCUCUUUCCCUUUGCCAUUCCUCGUAUUAAAUAUUCUAAAAAUGGGAAAAAAUAAAAUAAAUGCUACACU